UUUAUUUUAAUCCAAUAAAUUAUCUCUUGUCCUUUCACUUCCAAAAUGGCUGUCAAUCUCGUGUGUCGGAUUCAUCCGGUGGUUUUAUUUACAAUUGUUGAUUCAUAUGAGCGACGGAAUGAAGAUGCGAGACGUGUGAUCGGAACAUUGUUAGGUACACAUGACAAAGGUGUUGUAGAAGUUACAAAUGCAUUUGCUGUGCCACACAAUGAGUCUGAGGAUGAGGUGGCAGCAGAUCUGGAGUAUGCCAGGAAUAUGUUUGAGCUUCAUAAAAAAGUGAAUCCCUCUGAAGUGAUAGUUGGAUGGUAUUCCACAGGGGCCGAUGUAUCCGAGCACUCCCUGUUAAUUCAUGAAUAUUACUCUAGAGAAGCCAAAAAUCCAGUGCAUUUGACAGUAGAUACAACUCUUAGAGGAAAUAAAAUGGGAAUUAAAGCUUUUGUCAGUACACAGAUAGGAACUCCUGGGAAAACUGUUGGUACAAUGUUUGCCCCAGUCCAAGUGGAAAUCACAAGUUAUGAACCAGAAAAAGUUGGAGUUGAUGUAAUACAGGGAGGUAAAUACAACCCAAAAAGAAGUGCUAACCUUGUAAAAGAUCUCACACAUGUAGAACGUGCAUGCGGAAUGCUUCAACAGAAACUGGCUAUGGUUCUGGAAUAUGUUGAAGAUGUUUUGGCUAACAGAAUACCUGCAGACAAUGUUAUUGGUAGAUUUCUCAUGGAUUUAGUAAUGAAAGUGCCACAGAUUGAACCAGAGGACUUUGAGGAAAUGCUUAACUCUAAUAUGAAGGAUUUGUUGAUGGUAACAUACCUAGCCAAUCUCACCAGAACACAGCUUGCACUCAACGAGAAACUCAGCAUCACUUUGUAAUCAUUGUCACAUAUCUAGUGUUAGAAAUAAACACCAUUUUGGAAGCGAAAUAUUGAACUUUCACCUUUGUGGGAACUGUUCAAUAAUAAGCCUAUUUAUUAACUGAUUGAUAUUUAUUAAGUGCUAAAAUGGAAACUGAAGUUUGGAGGUCUUUGACACAUAGAAUUAUUAUAGACUAUGUAAAAUCUAAUGCAGGCUCAUGGAAUCACAGAUUGAAAUUAAAAUUUUUGAAAUCUC